AAUUUAUUUAAUUUACAUAUAUAAUAAAAUAAUAAUAAUAAUUAUUAUUUGGUUUCCCACCUUUGCUUGUUGCGCACAGUGGCAAGGGGCAAAGUUUUCUUCUUUGAAGGUCAAGCAUGUGAUCUGCUCCUCCUUCAUAAAUCAUCUCUCACUGUAAUUCUCAGCUCAUCUUUUUCAACUAGGUUUUCAUACUAUCAGAUUUUUCUUCUGAUUUUUACAGAUUUCAAAAAAAAAAAAAAAUUAAAAAAAUUUGUUCUUGGAGUUGAAGAAAUAUUCUGUAAUCAUUUCUGCUAUCUGGGUUGUGGUGAUCUUUCAAUAGUCCUACCCCCAAUUUCUUCUCUUUUCUUGAUUUUUCAAAAAUAAAAAUCGGUUCUUGAAGGGAAAGAAAUGAUUUUUAUUGUUGUAUUUGACUUGUUUUCUGAAAUGGGUUUGGGUUAUUUCAGGUGAUUCUGUAGGGAUUUUAAUUUGAGUGAAAUUAGGACCCUAUUUUUAUUUUUAUUUUUCUUAAGGUACGAGGAAAAUUAGGCUUUGGAUGAUUUGUUGUCUGAGAAAUUACUAAUAAAGAUGGGAUUAGUUGUUGAUGAUGAUGGAUUAAAAGUAGAAGAUUCUUUUGGUGUACAAAAAAACCCAAAGGGGAUGAUGAGCAAGAAAAAAGAUGCUGUGGAGGAAGUAACAGGUUGUUGGAUAAAAUUAAGGUUUAUUGGGAGCUGUAUUUCAUCAAGAUCUAAAGUGGAUAACUCUAUUAGUGGCACCACUAAUCAUGAAAGUAAAUCUACGAAUGAUAGGAGCAAAGAUCAACCGAUUGUACCCGUAAUACCUUCCACCACCACAAGCAAUGCAGAGAGCAAUUCUUCGAGCUCGAAAUUCGAAGAAGAACUCAAAGUAUCUUCUCGUCUUAGGAAGUUUACGUUCAACGAUCUUAAAUUGGCAACAAGAAAUUUCAGACCGGAAUCUCUUUUAGGCGAAGGUGGAUUCGGUUGUGUCUUUAAAGGAUGGAUCGAAGAAAACGGGACAGCACCCGUUAAACCUGGUACUGGUCUUACAGUUGCCGUCAAAACCCUCAAUCACGACGGUCUUCAGGGUCACAAAGAAUGGCUGGCUGAAGUGAAUUUUUUGGGUGACCUGGUUCAUCCUAAUUUGGUUAAAUUAGUCGGCUACUGUAUUGAAGACGAUCAGAGAUUGCUCGUCUACGAAUUCAUGCCUAGAGGAAGCUUGGAGAACCAUCUUUUCAGAAGAUCGUUGCCACUUCCGUGGUCGAUAAGGAUGAAAAUAGCACUAGGUGCUGCAAAGGGGCUCGCUUUUCUACACGAGGAAGCGGAAAGACCGGUUAUAUAUCGUGAUUUUAAGACAUCUAACAUCUUGUUAGAUGCUGAAUACAAUGCCAAACUUUCCGAUUUUGGACUUGCUAAAGACGCACCCGAUGAAGGCAAAACUCAUGUUUCUACGCGCGUGAUGGGGACUUACGGUUAUGCGGCCCCAGAGUAUGUUAUGACAGGACAUCUCACAUCCAAAAGCGACGUAUAUAGCUUCGGAGUCGUACUCCUCGAAAUGCUCACGGGCCGAAGAUCGAUGGACAAGAACCGGGCCCAGGGAGAGCACAACCUCGUGGAGUGGGCCCGGCCCCAACUUGGGGAGAGGAGGCGUUUCUACCGUAUCAUAGACCCUCGCCUAGAGGGCCAUUUCUCCAUCAAAGGUGCCCAAAAGGCCGCCCAGCUGGCGGCCCGGUGUCUUAGCCGGGACCCAAAAGUUAGGCCUCUCAUGAGCCAGGUCGUCGAAACUUUGAAGCCUCUACCGAACCUCAAGGACAUGGCUAGCUCGUCUUACUAUUUCCAGACCUUGCAGACGGACCGGGCCGGGUCCGGCCCGAAUGGGAAAAAUGGGAUCCGAAUGAACGGGUCGUUUUCGAGAAACCAUCAUCAUCCAAGGAGCCUAUCUAUACCCAACGGCGGUGGGUCCCACGCCGCAUCACCGUAUCAUCAUGAGGUGGCGGCUCGUGAUUCGCCGAAACCGAACGGUAAACCGUAGAGUAUCCGGGUGGGUACGUGUUGUUCUCUUUCUUACUGCUGUUUUUGUUGUAAGAUAAACAUCACACGAUUUUACGAUUUUAGAAGCGUGUUUUUGAAGUUUUUAGUCUUUUGAUGAAGAUAGGGUGUUUUCGAGUUUUUAGAUGACAGGUGUGAAAUGUGUGUAAUAGAUUUGUUGGCAUAUACCUUCCGAAUCAGGAGAAAGGUUAGUAUAAUCGAGAAUAAUACAACGGUCAAAUCUUGAUUGACACGA